AUGGUUUCUACACAAAUUGGUUCAAGGUGGUCAAAGAUUGCAUCACGUUUGCCUGGAAGGACAGACAAUGAGAUCAAGAAUGUGUGGAACACCCACUUAAAGAAAAGGUUGGCUCCUAAAAAAAAGUCAGAAUUAAGUGCAGAUGAAUCCAAGCCAGAAUCAACAAUAACUUCCUCCUCUUCCUCUUCAUCUGAGUCAUUUUUCUCAAAUGAUAAGCCAAAUUCACCAAAAACCACAACACCUGAUAAUAGUGAAUUUGAUGACCAAGCUGAGAAAUUAUCAAUGGAAGAUAAAAUUGAGCAGGAUUCAGAAAAACAAGUGUCCAAGGAACUAAUUGGAAUCGCUGAGGAUCCAAAAGAGUCGUCAGUUUCGUUAUCUUCUUAUGAGUCAAAUAUUGUAAACUCAAGCCAGAAUAUGGCAGACAAACCAGAACAACAAUUGGCUUCUCCAUUAUCAGUUUCAUUAUAUUCUGUUGAGUCAAAUAUUGUAAAUUCAGGCCACAUAGUUGCACACAAACCAGAACAACAAUUGGCUUCUCCAUUAUCCUACCUGGGACCUUAUGAUGUUGGCAGUGUAUUAGAAGAGGUGGAUAAACCAAACCACCUGAUUGAAAUUCCAUGGGAACCAGAUUAUGAUUUUUGGAAGUUGUUAGAUGAUGAUGAUAGCCUUGGAUCUUUUCAAUCAAAUGAAGUCCAAUUAGGUGAGUUCCCAGCCAUCCAAAACAUCAUUCUUGAAGAGGAGAGUGUUGAAGAUGUUGAAGCCAGGAAGUGGUCCCAUGAUUUUGAGAAUGAGUUUGGAGAAGUAGGUGAGAUAAAGGAGUCAAACAAGGAUCAUUUCCUACCAAAGAACUAUGCAGUUGAACCAGAAAUGAACCACACUCAGGCAUUUGAUUUCGAUGACAUGACAAGACCAGAAUCCGAAUUAGACUUUGAUUAUAUCCACUUAUGGCCCUCUUGGCCUCAAAAUACGAGUCUCUAG